UUGAGUCAGGCGACAAAGGAAGGUACAACUAAACUGUAGCGGUAGGAAUAGACCUUGAAUCUGCGAUCAGAACAGAUCCUCGUUUUCUACUUGCUAAAGGGAAGACUAAUGCUUGCUGAACGUAGAAAGAAUAAUGUGAAUGGUACCACUAGAUAAAACCAAUGGAAGGAAAGUUGUAGAAUAAGAAGGAUAGGGUUUUCUGUAUCUAUACCGAAAGUGGAAUGUGGCUAGUGUGCUUGGAUAGGCCUUUGAAGCUUCCAUGUUCUCAUAUAUCUGGCCGGGUAUUCAGUGUCUGAUCCAACAGAAGGGAAAGCCUACCUCAUAUAGUAUUGCCUUGUAGCUUGCAUCUUCGCAGCCUGCUCUUGCCGAGUACUAACUCCAUCCCUAUUCAGCUUACCUAGAGCCUGCCUGUUGGAGUUGCGUUCUCUACUCUAAAUGGGUUCAUUUUUGAUUUUUAGACACCUUCUCUCCAGCUAUAUACAGCCUGGAUUCAUCUACUACAGAAUCCAAAUCAGGUUCGUUGCUAUUGCUUAUAGCGAUUUGCAUCCAAUAUUGGGGAAGAAUCAAUAUACUUACUAUUAAUGUCGAAUCAGGAUCAACUAAGAAAGAAAUCAAGUUAAGUAUUGGGUGGAACCAGAGCGGAGUGAGCGGACGCGGACUUAGUAGUGUCUGUUUGAGCAGACUUAUCUGUAUCUGUAUCUGCUUAUGCUUCUGUUUAGGCUAAGGAACACCCAAAGCUAAGAAAGAAGAAUGGUUAGACCGGGCAAUAAGAACCAACCGUAUCCACCCAAACAAACAGUAAGAUCCUGGAAUGCUUACACCAAUAGCCAGCCACCAAUCCUUAGACUUGUGAAACCAGAGAGACAGGUAUGAAUGAAUGGAAAUAUUUAGAGCUAGUAUACGCCGCACAGAAAGCCUUGGACGUUUCAAUACUAAUCCAUUGCUACUAGGAUGUAUGUUUCCAUAGCUGAUGGGAGAAGAGGAUCCGUUCUAGUGAGUCUUGCCACUCCGACUAGUAUAGUAAUGGCUCCACAAGUUAGCCCUUUCCUUUCUAAAUAGACGACCUGGCUUUCUUUUCUUUGGAUUUCCAGGCAGGGGCGAAACCGUAUCAACCAAGGAAAGCUAACACCCCGGAAUGCUAAGGUAUUCAUCUGUAAAGUAUACGAGCACCCCUGAAAGCAAGGAACCAGUCCAGCUUACUACUUUUCCUUUCUUGAUAUAUGCGCAAUUGAGAACCAGGAAUGACCCUGAGCCUGAAAAGAAACAGGAACUAGAACCUAUGAAUCAGGAAACUAGUCUAGUUACAGAAACAUAGCCCUAACAAAUAGACCCGGAUACCUCCCUUAAGAUAAGGUUCGAACCCAGGAAUUCCAUCUCGAUUCGGAACUCUUCUAUGUCCAAGGCAAGGUCAAUAUGGACAUUUUUGCAGAGGUUUUCCCCUACUUUCUCCGUGUCAACAAGCAAUUCGAAAUACCUCUUUUCAGAACAGGUCCGAGUCAAAUAGCAAUGAUUCGAAGCACUUCUUUUUCCAUUACACCUAUUUCGCUAAGGAUUUCUCAAUGUUGCUCCAAUACCUGAGAAGAAAGCUUGCUUCCAGCUUACAACUGAUCUUUCCUGGCAUGAGAUCCCGAUUUGCAUCACUGUUUCAAUUUCCCUAUACGGUUCCGUUCCCCUUCUUGUCUUGCCUAUGAAUCCGUAGUUCCCUCAGAUAGACAGGCCUGGCCAUCAAUAGAAGCAAUACUAAUCCAUUGUUGAUACUAGGGCGAAUCCAAAUAAUCCCAAAUCCUUGACUUGAGGAUCUACUGGCUCUGGCUAAUCCCAAUCCUGCUUUCAUGCUUUCUUUCUUUCUAGUCUACUUUCCUGCUUGACUGUUACACUCAGUGUAGUCUCUAUUUCCUCUAGAUAGCCUAUUCCUGGCACCUUUUAGGAAGCAAGCUUUCCAAUGACUAGCCGAAAGGAGAGAGAGGUAGGGAUCAUGGAAGCGCGAGCUCCUAUCAUUGGAACCGGAGAAAUGGCUAGAUGAGAACUGGCAUCAAACAACUUGACUUGUCUGUCUCGAUGGAUAAAGCAAAGCCAGGAACCAGGAUAGGGAUAGUACGGAUGCCUUGCCUACUUACUGGAGGAGUGAUGAUAGGAUAUAUAUGGAUGGCCACCCAAACCAUUCAACCUAAGAAUAUUUCCAAGCAAAGAUCUGGUGAAACAGCUGUGAAGGAAUGAAUGGGAUACUAGUACUUAAGGAAGGAGAUAGAGGGUCUAGUAUCGUUCUACUACUGCCUACAGGAAGAAAGCAAAGGGAAAGUCACUACUCCAAAAGCUAAAGAGAAGGUCAGAUCCAAGGACAUGGAUUUGUAGAACGGCUUCCAAUAACCGAUCAUCUAGAUGAGAUUAGACCUGAGUGAGCAGACUUCUCUGUAUAUGAGUCGCCUUCCGAGAUGGUAUUGCCUUGACUCAUUCCUUGAAUUGACAAGAGAAGUAUUUCUAGCCUCUAGUGGCACAUGUUCCUUCCUCACGGAUAUGAGAGACGGUAAGUGCAACUCGAAAGUGUGCUAGCUGUUGUGCUAAUUCUUGCUGAGUAGCUGGUUGAAGCCCAGAAGUGGAGGCGAGCCCAGUUCAAUCGUGAAGUUCCUCCUUUCGUGGCUUGUCGGCAUCAUAAGUAAAUGAGAGAUGAUUUCCGAGUGACUGGUGGAAAGGGAAGAACCCGAGAGGGCAUAUAGAUUUCGAUUCCUCCCCCCGGCACUAGUAGAUACGAUAUUUCGAGAUUGCUAGAUAAUCUCACUACGGUUCGAAUCCUCCAGAUUGCGAGUUCCAGAAAAAGAAUUUAUUUUUUGACUAAAACAUCCAAGAAAACGGAAUAAGAACGCGCUUACAACGCCGAUGAAAGGAACCAGAACAAGUGUAUGGCAAAUUUCCUUUAGUAGAUAUUCCAGUGGAUCAAUAAAAAGAAGGUACUCGUCCUGGUGCACCCGUAGGUUUUGCCCUUUCUAGAAUUCAUCUACCGUUGUAGGAAUCCUCAUCCGAUGUACGAAUCCCGUGGAGGAAAGAAGCUGGUAUUUAUCGCCUUGAUCCCGUGGAGGAAGAAUGGAGGCACUUGGCCAUAGCUCACGCUAUGAUCCCGAACCCCAAAAGCCAGAUGUGUGCGACCGAGGCGUGAUAUCACUACGGUUCGAAACUGUUGAGCCCCUUCACCACCCCCUAUACGGAACUCUCCCUCUGACUUCCUUCAAUCCAUCAAGUAUUGCACAUGUGUAGAUUCUCGGGUAAAAAACAGCAUUUUGGCUUAGAAUGACACUUGCUGCUUCCCGGGUUUUGGCAUUGACUCGAGUUAAGUAAGAGCUUACCAUCUUUUUCAGAUGAUAAGUAAAUAAGGCCCGUUCUGACGGUUCGUUAUCCAGUUUCGAAAAAAGGUGCUUACUAGUGUCUCGUCGUUAUCCGGGGGGAGGGUUGUCUCCACUCUAAAGAAUGUGCAUUGAUUUUAUUGCUCUAAAGCUCGCCUAACUUAUUUGACUUGACAAGAACAGUGGAAGAGAAAGAUUCUCAACGUCUAACAGCUGCUUUAGCUUGAAUCGGGUUGCGCUGAGUUGAGUGAGUGGAAAUGAGUUGAAAUAUGGAAGCGAGAACAGCUCCGCCGCUUGAGAAGAGACCCAGAAUUGCUCAUAAAACUCUGUUUCAACAUUUUCUGGGUUUAGAGCACAUUAGAAAUAUGGAGUAGGUAAUCCGCUUGGUUUCCCUGAUUUCUCUAUCUUAGAUCCGCAUACCAUACCCGGUUCAGAUUGGAAAGCCAAGGUAGUGGCGCUGCUCUUUUAAAAAAAGUAGUGCAGGUCCGUUUGUUUCUGUUUGUGGUGUAGACUUAUGGUGGGAUACAGCCUCCGGGAUGGGUGUGCCAGAGUAGAAUGAGAUCUUGAAUAGCUUGCUUCUUACCAUGAGCUUGAAGGGCAGGGAUGCGUUCUCUAGAUGCGAAUAGUUAGAACCCGUUCAUCUAUCUAUCUAACCUUGGUAAUGUGAAUGGGUUAGGGGUGACGGGCAAGCCAAAGCUGGUAAAGAAAAAGAAGUGGGACGUGUUUUUACCUGUCCUCUGGUUAGUGUCUUUCCAGCAUUUAUAGCUUUGUUAGCGGGUGGUUAGUUAGUGUUUGAUUGAGGCCUAAGCUCGUGUAGCAAUGCGGGCUCGCUCAUUCAAUUAAUUAUCAAGUUGGGUUUGCUUUUCAACAAAUAGCUUCAGACUUUAGCUUCUUACUUAUUGUGUGUAGUCCCGUUCUUUGCUUAUUUAUGGUUAUUUGUGUAGUCGAGUCGAGUAGUACGUAUCUUACUUUGUUUUUUGUUUGGUGGUGUAGCAAAUAUAGACUUCAGAGAGUAUAUAUAGAAAGUCUGUCUAUCUAGGAGGCAUAGUUAGAUCGUUUUUCCAAUGCAUGGUAAGUCCAAUGGGCUAUUAUUUUCUUCUUAAAGAAAGGCAAUUACCUAAGUAGAAAUAGCACAAUCCACUCUAUAAGGGCAAUGCGCAUUAAAUUACGUCGGCUGUCAAGGCUUUUUCCGCUUUUUCACUAAAUAGUCCUCCCUUGCUAUUAUUGCCACUCUAUAUAGCAGUUUGUCUGUAGUAUCCCUACGUAGGCUUCUAUCUAUGAUAGCUGUCCUUGCUUUAGUUGGCAAGCAGGCGGGAAAGCUAACUGGUGAACUUGCUGAACAUGCUCAAACUGAUCAUCAUCAAGUUGAACGAGCGGAGUACUUUACUUUACACAAGUAGUGGUUUACCAGGAACUCGUAUAGUAUAAGAGCUAGUCAUAUAAACUAGUAGUAGACGGUUGCUUCGAGGCGCGCCUUCGGCCUUUUAUCGAAUUUCAUCCAUCUUCUCUAUGUCAUACUUGGCCAGUGACUUCCAGAAAGAGAGCGUAUUUCCAGGUCUGAUGGAUGCGAGCUGCAACACUUCCAAGCCGAUUAUGGGUGGCUCGCUACACUGUGAGUUCCACUCUACUCUAAGGGAAGGGUAGAGUAGUUGCUAAGUUUUCCACAUAGGAAAAUGCAAGUGAUUGUACGAGAUCAGUCAACGAGGCAGGCGCGAAGCGGCAAGGCAAGUGAGGAGUCUUGGAUUCUCUAUGAUGGGCAUAUCUCACUGAAAACGAGGCAGAGGCGCGAAGCGAAAUAGUAGGAGUUAUCAGCUAGCACAUUUCCCUUUGCUAUUUCUCUUUUAUCAAGAGAUAUUUGCUCUAUGCUCAGUUUAGAACUCACGUUGUCAAAUCCAAAAGAGUAUGCAAGAAUGUGGCCCCUACCCUAAGAGGAUAAGCGUUCUUUUGUGUUCCUAGCUUGUUGAACACAGCACGAAAUCAGAAGUCUAAGUGAUAGACUGAGCUGGGCUGAGAACAUCUGAAGUAAGCAUGACCACUAGUUACGUGCUACCCAGUGUGCAGUGCUGAAUAGGCCUUAGGGAUGACCCCAUGGGCAUGUACGAAGAAGACUAGUGGGGAACAGCAUGUCACCAAAGGUGCUAGCUGACCGGCACUUGUAUUAUUCAUAUUUUUUAUUCUAUCAAGCCGAUAGCAUAAUCAUUUUCUAACUAAUCAAGUUAUGUGACAUCUACCGAUCCCGUGAUUCCGAAUCAAGAGAUGAUUUGAGCAACUCGUGAGUCAAGUAGUAUAGUAGAUUAGCCCUCGUAAGGCCUCCCACUAGUUAAGUAUCCGUCCUAACGUCAGGAAUAGAGUAAAGGGACGACCUUUUCUCUCCUUUCCAAGUGCUUGCUCUUUCGUUAAGCAUAAACUCAGAUAGGCGUAGAAUUGGUGUCUGUGUGUUUCAUUGGUAUGGUACGUAGACCCGGCCCUGUAUUCAUACGCGAAAGAAAGAGUCGAUGAUCUUCUAGCUCCGCGCAAGAGAAGAUACGAUUGAGGCGCGCAGCGAGAUCCGUGAAAGGCAAAAGCCAGUAGCAAUAAAGUAUUCUACACCGUAUGUAUCGUAUUUGUUGCAUAAAAUCCGUACGUAACCUGAGCCCGUGCCUUAAAAAAAGGGGAAGGAUAACUUCGUUCCUCAUUUCCAUCGUCUUCCGAGAAGCAUCUUCUCUCCGGAUUAUUAAGUUGUUCAACAAGGGCUGAUAUGGCGGAUUGGCUUAAAGAAUAUGGGAUUCUCAGCUCGUGGAUCUGUUCAUUCAUAGCAUAGGGGUAGAUUAAGCUUUAGAACAAGGAUUUGCUCUAUAACCCGGGAAAGGAAGCUUCUACGUGAAGUUAGCGAGACGGGUGGUGCCAUUUAUAGAAAAAGAUUGGCUACAAUAGCACUUUAUGCACUUCACUUUUGGCUAUUCUACAUGGGCAACAACUAGCCUGGGAAAUGGGCUUCAUUCAAGUCUUGGUCUUUUCGGAUUCACUUAUUUACGUGCAUUUUCUUAAGGAAAGAGCCUACCUACUCAAACCUGAUAGAUGGAUGGAAUGAACCUAGCAUAGCGAAUUCAUGAAGUUGAAUAUAAGAAAGAAAGCCUACAAGUAUAGAAAGAAGUGCUAGUAUCCUUCGAUUUCAUUUCUUCGCUUUUAUAGAGCUUUUCCUUUUACCUAAUGCCGGCUACCGACAACUCUUGCUAUCCAAUCCUGACCCAUGACCAACCUGUAAGGUGUUCCCUAGUGAACUGAAUUUCUGGGAACAUAAAUAGAAAAAUGACUGUGCACUCUAAUUUGGUAUAAAAAUAUAUGACAACAUUGUUGAGCUGUCUAUACUCUGACUCUGCAUUCAAAUGGGGGUAAAAAUGCUUGGUGUCCAACCAGAUAUCCACAGAGAAUAGUCAGUAUUAGUUUACCAUUUUUUAAUACAUAUUUCGAAACCAAUUGCAUCUCUGGUAACUCUGAAAUUACUUGAAUCAGUAUUGCUAUGAGAUCCCCUCUCCAGUACUGCAUGUUUCCUUGCCGCUCCAGUUGGUUUACUCCCAGAGACAUGAUUAGUACCACCAGAGCUUGAAUCAAUCAUUCCAUCCCCAACUCCUACAUCAGAAACAACAGGGUCUAUUUCAGUAAGCCUCCACCUAUAAACCAAACCAUGUUCUUUUUCCAGAGACCCCUCCAUUACUACCUCCCCCAGGACAUGUCCAGUUCAAUUACCAUCUAUAUUCAAAGCACCCGUAAAAUCUUGGAGUGGUAUCAAAGUAGGAUCAUCGUUAAUCACUUAUGGAUGCCUACAAACAAUAUGCUAACUAUAUAUAAGACACCAAGGGUUACAAGUAUAGUUACUUUUUUUAGAUGUUAUUCUCAAGUGCAUUGAGUGAAAGCUGUAAUUCACUCCUCCUGGGUCCAUUUACUUUUAAUGAUUUUUCAAUUUCCCCAAAAGAAUAGAUGGAGAUUCAUGCUAAUAAAGAAUAGCUAAGGAAAAGAAAGGAUUGAGGCAAAAGCUCUACAUCCCGUGUAAAGAAGUCAGAAAAUCUUUAUGAGUUUUUAGAAUGGAAGCUUCUGACUUUAGAUUUCUUUAGUCAGGGAGGAGCUUAGAGCCCACAGAAAUUAUAACAAGAAUCCUAUUUAUCAGCAUAAAGCCCCUCACCGAGCCAUGAGGCUGAUCCACUGGAUUCAUUGCAACACCACGAACAAUGGGGCGUCUGCCUAAUCACCGACUUCAAACGAAUUUCCCUCGUGAAUGCAUCGAGGAACUGAGGACAGGACGUUUCCGAUUGGCACGUACUAAACACUUUUCCUGAUCCGGUUUAGGUGGGUGGGUUAAGUGCACUUCCCAAUCGAAGAUUCUCGUCUCGUUUCACUUGCAUUUAGUUGAACAUUUUAAGUAGAGAAGAGGAAGGAGGCAGGGGAGGCAGAUAGGGACAUAACUAGUUGCUAAGCCCAGUCAGUAGCUGGAAAGGAGAAGUGAACUGGUUGAGAGGAAGAGAGUCUUUCGAGGACAACAGCGAAGGAUUUCAAUCAAGAAUUUACAUAGAUAAAGAGUUGAUAGUUGAUGCUAGUGAUGCACAGGGGAAAACGCUACUAUGCUCCAUGAAUUUCGUAUGAGUUAGUUAUUGGCUGGCGGAUCCUCAGCUUUAGCGAGUUCACUCGUAGAAAUGUCCGUUUGAUUGCUCCUCGGGUGCUUCCUUCUUUCAAAUCUAGAUUUCCUAGAAUCAUACCUUCGUCCAUUCUUGGCAAGCCUUCUUCUCUGAUGGUAUAGAUGAAGACACCGGAUCCCCAUCCUUAGCCAAACCUUCAAUUCAAGCUAGGGCAACAAAGGUUUCAUCAGAAAGGGAUGGAUGGCCUCCACUCGGGCUUGACCUACUAGACUAUCGCUCGAGAAAAGGUUGCUAAAGGUCGUUGUAUGCUCUAGUGUGCUAAGUUGCUGAUUGCCUUCCAACUAAUGGGUUGUGGAGUGCUAGGUACUUGAGUAGGCUUGCUUGCCGCUCUUCCGUCUAAGAAGUGCUUUGUAGCCCAACAAGCAACGGCUGCACUGCGGGAAUCCCAGUGAGUAACUACUAAGCAAGAAAACGGAUGCGCCUAACGCGCACCGGCUUUCGCGCUAGCGCUCAAUCCGUUGCUUGUAGGGAAGAGUAGUGCGUUCCCUUAACUUGGCUAAGUUGAACCGGGCGUCUAGUUCUCAGAUGGAAAUAACGGUAGUAAGAGCUAGGCAAGCAAAGCAAUAGAAGGUGGAAAUACUGCACCAAGGAUGAAAAGCUAGCAGUUGACCGAGAUACCUAGUAAGUUAGGUACUAUUAUAUAUAUUAUAUGGUGACCCACAUACAUUUCUUCUUUCAACUCACUCUUUCUUUGCUUUUAUUUAGCAACUACCCUAUCUGCCGAGAGUUGACCGACCCUCUUAUUUCAAAAGUAAGUGAGCCUAUUGCUGUCCCCACUAUGUAAGUGAGCCUAUUGCCCUACUAUCUAUGAAUGUAGAUUUCCUUCUUUCAGUUUACCCCGACUGACUGUAUUUCUAUAGCUAGCUCUUUGGCAGGCUAUUUUCUUUGGAAAAUCAGGUCUUGAGGACGAAAAACACGAUAAAAUGGACUUGCCUACUUUUGCACCGAAGAAACUCAUAAGUAAUCCAAUUUCCGAGGACACGAACGGAAGUAAGCUGUUUUUGGUAUUCGUAUCGGAAUUAGCCAGAAGAAGAAACCAUUUUCACUGCCCUUCAUUCUUUGGCCUGCCUGCCGGGUUAGGGGAGCUCACAAGUCAACUCAGUUAAUCGAGAUGGCUAUGCGAAUGAGAAACUAGAGAAUCACCUCUCCUCACUAGAAGCCCUAAAGCUGCAGGGAAAGUUCGGAUUUAAGAGUUAGUUGGGUUCAAAAGAUAGCUCCUCAACACAACUGAAGAAAGCAAAGAAAGAACCGCGAAAGUCAAGGAUGGAAACUCCCUACUAAGCAAUUGAAGCUAGCCAGGUGGAAAAUAAAGUACAAGUAGGAGUGGCGGGUUUAGUGGAAAAGAGGGAGAUCCGGACUCACUUCUACCAAUCGAAGAUUAUCGUAUUGUAAUUCAAGGCAAAUGAUAGUCAGAAAAUCUACUCAAAAUGCAGAAGUUAGGCUUCUUCCGGUUCUAGAGUAGUGGCUUCAAGCUCCAGUCUUAGUUUGACUAGAGAUCAAAUCGAAAAAGGCUCCCCGUGGACUCUACGCAGGACUUUUUUCUAAGCCUUACAUAAUUUGAAUUUCUCUUGCAUUUUAUUUUGACUUUAGCUCAUCAUGUCUCGUUUGGAAGUGAUCUGUUCUAAAUUAUUGGGUAAGUUCUUAUUGGGUUUUCAUUUUCAUGACUUACCUAAAGAUAUCCUUUUCUUCCUCAUUCUGAUUUUGGUUUUCGUAUCACGGAUGUUGGUUCGCGCUUUAUGGCCGCGUUGCCCAGUUUGGGCUGCUCGCGUUUUCACUCUGUUGAGUGUAA